AUGGCAGACGAGAAGACUUCCCCGCCUGUCACCGUCGAUGUGGAGAAAGACGUCAAGGGGCACAUCGAUCCAGAGCUUAAAGAACAUGCCCAGGAUGCAGACGAGGCAUUGAAAGCCUUUCAGGAACUCCAUGGCGAAGCUAUCGAGCUCGAUGCCGCAACAAAUAAGCGACUUUUACGAAUCAUUGACUGGCAUAUGAUGCCGAUCAUGUGUUUUGUCUAUGGAAUGAACUAUUUGGACAAAACGACUCUAUCCUACGCCAGUGUCAUGGGUCUCAAGCCGGAUCUGAACCUGAAAGGCGACGAAUAUCAAUGGCUGGGCAGUUUAUUUUAUUUCGGAUAUCUGGCAUGGGAAUACCCCACCAACCGAUUGCUUCAGCGCCUCCCCUUGGGUAAAUACUCUGCGGCUUGCAUCAUCAUUUGGGGUGCCAUUCUUUGUUGUUUCGCUGCUGUCAGCAACUAUUCCGGGGCCAUCGCUAUUCGUUUCUUCCUUGGUGUCUUCGAAGCCUCUGUUACACCAGGCUUUGCUCUUUUGACCUCGCAGUGGUACACCAAGAGUGAACAAGGUAGCCGUGUCAACAUCUGGUUCAGCUUCAAUGGCUGGGGCCAGAUCCUAGGCGGCUUUGUGGCAUAUGGUAUCGCAGUUGGCACAGAAAGGCAUGGCUCAGCCAUCGCGCCGUGGAAGAUUGUCUUCCUUUGCACGGGCCUCUUAACCGUUGUGCUUGGUGUUAUAUUCCUCUGGAUAGUCCCGGAUAACCAGCUGAACGCCCGCUGGCUAAAACAAGAGGACCGUGUUCUCGCCGUCGCUCGUGUCAGGGAAAACCAGCAGGGUAUCGGAAACAAGCACUUCAAGCUCUACCAGGUCAAGGAAGCACUCCGAGACCCCAUGACUUGGGCUUUCUUCUUCUUUGCGCUCAUCGCCAAUAUUCCAAACGGUGGUAUUUCAAACUUUUUCAACCAGUUGAUUACUAGCUUUGGCUACACUGCCCAACAAAGUCUCCUGUAUGGUACUCCCGGCGGUGCGGUUGAGGUUGUCGCCCUAGUUCUCAACGGUUACGCCGGCCAAUACACGGGCCAGCGACUACUUUGCAGCACCGGCGGCCUAAUCACUGCCAUAGUGGGCAUGAUCCUCAUCGUUGCUCUCCCCCUAUCAAACAACGUCGGACGUCUGAUCGGCUACUACAUGACCCAAGCAAGCCCGACCCCAUUCGUGGCCUUGCUCUCGAUGGUCUCCUCCAACGUCGCCGGUUAUACCAAGAAGACCACCGUCGCUGCACUAUUUUUAAUUGGCUACUGUGCCGGAAAUAUCAUCGGCCCUCAAGUCUUCCGCCCCAAAGAUGCCCCUCGCUAUGUUCCCGCCGAGAUUACGAUCAUUGUCUGCUGGGGCGUCUGUUUAAUUCUUAUGUCCUUCAUCUGGUGGUGGUAUAGCAGACAAAAUGCUAAGAAGGCCCAGAUCACGGAGAGCCCGGGGUACGUGCGACUGGAGAACCAAGAAUGGUUGGAUCUGACUGACUGGGAGAACCAUGAGCUUCUUUAUUCGUUGUAG